UAUCUCCCUCCCUCCCAUAGUAGAAGUAGUUUUGGAUGGGUGAGCCCAAAAAAUAGAACAAAAUGUCGUUCCAUUGCUCCAACUCCAAUUAUGUAGUAACUCACAAUUCUCUAUACUGCACUAACAAUUCACGCAUUCCAAAUUCCUCCACUCUCAAAUUCAAAUUCAAACUCAAAUGCGCCACCAAUAACAGAUUCAUCAAAAUUGUUGCUAAAUCAUCAAAUUCAGAUUCACAACAACCUACUAUUACAACUCCUACCUCCUUUCUCUCCUUUCUCUGUCCCUUGCUCAAGCUUUUCUCUGGAGGAGAUCCUUCUGGGCAACGCAAUUUUGCUUUGGAGCUAGCAACGUCUUCCUUGGCCAGCAUAUCAAGGUUUGCAUGGGGAAGAAAAUCAGUAGUUGACAGUGCACUAAACAAAGAUAUGGAUUCAAAUCUUCCAAUUAGUUUGCAGCUUUUUGAAUUUGAGGCAUGCCCCUUUUGUAGAAGGGUACGGGAGGCCAUGACUGAACUAGAUCUUUCUGUAGAGGUCUAUCCUUGUCCUAAGGGUUCUGUAAGACACAGAGAGCUGGUCAGAAAAACUGGUGGCAGAGAGCAGUUUCCUUUCCUCAUUGAUCAAAAUAGUGGCGUUUCUAUGUAUGAAAGCAGCGAUAUUGUAAAAUACUUGUUCGAGCAAUAUGGAGAAGGUAGAAGUCCAUCAUUGGGACUUUUAGAGAGUACUAUUUUCACUGGAUGGAUGCCGACAAUUCUGCGAGCAGGUAGAGGAAUGACACUGUGGGAACGUUCUAGCCUCGACCCUCCUCCUGGAAAGUUGGAGCUCUUCUCAUAUGAAAAUAACCCGAAUGCUCGAAUUGUGCGCGAGGCAUUAUGCGAAUUGGAACUUCCUUACAUUCUUCAAAAUGUAGGAGAAGGAUCUCGCCGAAUGAAGUUACUCUUGGAUGCUUCUGGAUCUAAAGAGGUUCCUUACUUUGUUGAUCACAAAACUGGAUUUCAAUCUGGGGACUACAAGAUGAUCUUAUCUUAUUUGUUUACAACCUAUUCGUCAGCUAUUUUAUAAUUUCCACUUUCUUCAAAUGGAAUCUUUUUGUACAUGUUAUUGAAAAUUGUAAAGAAAUAUUUAUACAAAAUAGUUAAGUCAAAUGCAUCUCUUGACAUUGUUUCUCCAAGAUAUUUGAGUCAGAAUACUGCUAAGUUAAAUAUUUUGUUUAGUGACUCAAAUCAAUGUAGCAUAGAUCAGAAGUAAGCUGUGACAGAAAUCAAUGUAGCACUAGAACUUGUUGAGAGUAAAAAAGAAAAUAUAGUUUCUCCAUUAAGGUUUCUCCUA